AUGGGAUCAGUCGGCGAAGCCGCGCCCAGUGCAAAGGCAAUAAUUCCCAUCAUUGACUUCUCGAGAUGGAUGCAACCCACGACCGCCGAGGAUCGACUCGCAGUUGCCAAAGAUCUGAUAGCAGCUUGUCAAUCUGUGGGCUUCGUCUAUAUCACCAACCACGGGCUAUCACAGGAUCUUCUCGAUGAAGCAUUCGCCAUGUCUCAAAGGCUAUUUGACUUACCUCUCUCCGAGAAAAUGAAGGCACCGCAUCCGGACGGACCUGAAGUCCAUCGUGGUUACUCUUUUCCUGGCCUUGAAAAAGUCUCCCAGUACUCCGGUGGCGACGAAGCAGAAGGGGAAAGGCUGCGUGCAGUCGUGGAUGUCAAGGAAUCGUAUGAAGUUGGUUCCGAAGACAACAAGCUUCAGCCGAACGUUUGGCUUCCAGAAUCCAGCUUGACGGAUUUCAAGAGGUGCACGACGUCCUUCUACUGGGCAUGCAAUUCUGCUGCGCAGGAGGUAUUGCGAUGCAUCGCCACUGGCCUGGGCCUGCCCGAUGAAGAAUUCUUCGUCAAACACUGCUCGGGACACAACAACCAACUGAGGCUCCUGCACUACCCUCCAGUCCCAGCUUCAGAUAUCGAAUCGGGCAAAGCGUCUAGAAUCUCCAGUCACAGCGAUUGGGGCAUAAUAACUCUUCUGUUUCAAGAUGACUGCGGCGGCCUGGAAGUCGAGCACCCUCUCAAGCCCGGAGAAUACAUCCGUGCAACGCCACUCAAGAAUGCUUGCGUGAUGAAUGUAGGAGAUCUGUUGAUGAGGUGGACGAACGAUAUGCUCGAGUCAACGCUGCACAGAGUGACACUGCCGCCUUUGGCUGACCGUUACUCUGUCACAGACAACGAGCAAAGGAUGACAAGGGCUCGGUACUCGAUACCAUACUUCGUGAGCGCGGAUCCAGAGGCGGUGAUAGAGUGCCUGCCGGAAUGCUCUUCGCCAGCAAGGCCAGCAAAGUAUGUGCCUGUGACGCAGGCUGAGUACGGGAGGAUGCGAGCAAAGGUGCAGUACCGUAGUAAACCUGCGACUUAA